UUAUUGUGUGGUAAGUUCAAUCCAAUUUCAAGAAAGUUUAAAAAAAUUUCAACUAUCCUAUAUAAUAAUGUUUUCUAUUGUGUAUUUUUAUGUUUAAUGUUUCUCUAAGGUUACAAAAGUUCAGUAUAUUUUUCUUUUACUUAGAUGCUGAUUUACCUCCACAUCAUAAAGUUAGCCUUCCUGCCCUUUCACCAACUAUGGAAAUGGGUACAAUAGUUUCUUGGGAAAAGAAAGAAGGUGACAAACUGAAUGAAGGUGAUCUGUUAGCAGAGAUAGAAACAGACAAAGCUACAAUGGGUUUUGAGACACCUGAAGAAGGUUAUCUUGCUAAAAUCUUAGUAUCAGCUGGUACAAAGGAUGUUCCAUUAGGCAAAGUAAAUUAGUUUCAAAAAUUAUUA